GCUCUCACACUCCAACAGACUGCCGGUGGGGGAAGUGGAAGUAGGGGGGUAGAAAUGUCAGCUAAGGUACAAAACCACGAUAACUUCCCCUGUCGCUAUCAGUCAUAUAUUACCACAGCAGAACGUCAACGCAGAACAGACAAGCUUGGACAGAACUCUUCCGCUGCCCUGUUAUGACAGCUGUCUGGAUACCGAACAGAUGAAUGAGGGAGAUGAUUAACAGAGAGGAGAAACGGAGGAAAGCGCUUAAGGAGUAGGAGAGGAUGAUUAUUGUCUAAUAAAGGAUUUUUGGACCAGAUCAUGGAUUGGAGACGGUGGAUGUUAAUUCUGGGUUUGCUGUUGAUCGCAGCAAACUGCAUAUCAGGACAGAUGCUGCCUAAACCAGCCAAUCUGAGCCUGGUCAUGUGGGAGGAGAAGGUGACGGUGACCUGGGACCCUCCUAGGGAGGCGUCUCCAAGGACUCACUACAGCGUGGAGAUGGGAAUUUAUGGCCAUAACAUGACAGUGGUGAGUGGCUGUCAGAAGACCUCCCAGACCUCCUGUGACCUGACAAGCCUCAUCAAGAACUACACCAAGAAAUACCGAGUCAGAGUUCGGCUGGUUACUAUGGCUGCACAAUCCAGCUGGGCUCAGAAGAUGUUCACUCCCAACAAUUUUCUGCUGCCCCCCACCUUCUCGCUGCUGGCCACCUCCAGCUCUGUCAUGGUGAAGAUCCACAAGAAACCCAUUUUCAAGAACAUGUUCAAGUUUGGGAUGACCUACACUGUGUACCUGCAGGAGACAGGACAGGAGAAGGUCGUGGUCCAGAGCUUGACCGAAGGACUGGAUGAGGAGGGGGAGGACGCGGUGCUGACAUUCCACAACCUGCAUGGGCGGAGCUACUGCGUCAGCGCCACGGUGGAGUCCAGAACGGGUCCCACCAUUAGCGAGGCCUCGCCCCAACAGUGCAUCCAGCUGCCCAAGAAUGUCCGGGUCUGGGUCUAUCCUACAGUCCUCUGUGUGGCUGUGGUCCUCUUAGCCCUGGUCCUCACCCUCUGUUGGGUCCUGAGGCGUCCAGAAAAAAUGCCUGCAGCACUGACGUCCAUUAGGACUGACUGGUUCCCCCUGAGCCUGGCGAGGGAUUCCGUGGAGGUGGUCACCAAUCAGGGCUGGUUCCUCUCCAGCCCUCGACCGGAGACCACGAGCUGGGGGGGGCUGGGGACCCCUGCCCCGGAGGAGGAGAGAACAAAGGAGGAGAAGGAGAGUAGGACAAGUCUGGACAGCGGAGUCAGCGUGAAGUCCCACUCUGGUGUGAGUGAGGGAGGGAGGGGAGGAGAGGAAAACAGGAGGGAGGGAGAGGACAGUGGCUGUGGGAGCAUGGGGGAGGUGGAGAGCAUCACCAGCAGCAGGAGUGGGACAGGAGAGCCCCCCCUGCAAGACCUCCAGCUGGGUUCCUCUGGAAGUCUGGAUGGGGAGGACUGUGGGCUGCUUCCUAGGAUCAUGCACCUUGCUGGGGAUGGAUACCGGAGCCAGAGCCCCUGCUCGGUGGACCUCCAGGCCAGCAAAGAUAGCUUUAAGCACAUCCCCUUUGAAACACAGAUAGACAUGGCUGAAUGUAUCACAAGCUAUAGACCAGGAAACUGGCAGACAAAAACAGUCAUGGCUGACGUCAUGACUGGCUACAAGUCUGGACAUGUUGCGUGUGUGCGUUCAGACACAGGAAACUACAGAGUGCAGGAGGAGCACCAGAUCGCGCCUCCAUGUUUCUCAACCUCCCAGAGACAGUUUCUAACCUGCAAUACAGGCAAGAUGUUAACUGGGCAACAGAGGAACACUCCCCUUCCCAUGGAGACGGUGGCAAACUUGGAGGACUCUGUGCUGAUGCCACAUGCCCCCCAGCAGUCCAUCCACCUGGGGGAGUCGUUCCCUCUCUUGACAGCUCUGUCAGAGCUCCCCCUUUUGGAUGGAGGACUAAACUGCAACGCCGACAUGACGGCAUUCAUCUCUCUGUGUAAUGUUGAACUGACCUCAGGCUGACAUGUUGUACUAAGUUUGGUCAAGUGUUAUUGCCCAGGCAAUAUGCUGCAAAUCAAAGUUUUGAUUGAAGCACUGUGAUAAAGUGAGGAAGAUUCAGCUCCUAAGUGAAAAGCAUUUCAAUGUAAACGGACUGAAUUGUGUGAGUCCCUCUUCAACAGAUGUGUCUUGCCACUGUAGUUUGCUUGCCAUAUCAGGAAGUGUAGAACAGACACACUAGGCUUCAGUUACUUUGUGUGAGGCAGGAAGUGGUUUGAUCCACGGUUGGUGGCAGCAGAUGUGAGAUGAUUCAGGCAAGUUGUUCGACAAUUGUUUAUUAGGUGGCCAUUUGGGGGAGGGGGGAGGGAAACUGAAGUAUUUCACCAGUAAUGAAAAAUGUUUUGGGGGUUGGUGCCUGCUAUGGAAACUGACACACCCUCCUUGCCUGCUUGAGAUUUAGUGGUCCAAACUGUUCAAAAGAGCGAGGGAUUAACAUAGGCAUCUGAGAAAGAUGAAUACUCAAGCGUAGAGCGCGAUUGUGGGUUGGCUGUGGGGAUACGUGCGUCAGUAAAGGUCACGGCGUUUAUAUUUUUCACACAUACAGAAUCAUAUAGGGCAAACGACAAACGUUUUACACAAACAGCACCCCCAGCACAGCUCCUACAGCUUUACUGCUAAAUGAUAACGUCUCUUGUAAAACAUUGACAAAACCCACCCCCAGUUACCGUGUCAUUCAUUAACAUACUGAAAGAAACAGAUGUCACACUGGUUUAUCCUGAGACCCCCGGGAUCGGCUCUCAGACUCGGGAUGAGAAAGCACAACCUUCGGGUUGGGAGCUGUGACCAGUAGCACUUUACCAUUACUGAAACCUGUCAACAGUGUACUGCUAUAGAUAGGGAGAGAGUGGGGGGGGACAGAUAUAACGUUGGUCAUUUUAGUGACGCUGUGUUCUCUCACUCCAAAUCUCACUUCCUCCUUCUAGUUCUUUUUUGACUGACGGAAACUACAGACAGCUUGUGUCAUGGAGUUCCCAGUAGAACACACAGACAGUUAGGAGUUCCCUUAUCAGGGUUAUUUAUUGAUAUAAUAUGUUAUUUAUUCAGAAUGUUUCUGUAAGUGAAGUGGGGAAGAGUCCCUGUGAUUAAAGUGCUUAAAAAUGG